CGCCCGAAGCACCCCCGAAACCGACGCCGAUAGAGCGACUACUUCAUCACACAGCGGUGUGCGACGGCUCAGAACCAUUUCGACCAGCGAAAGCGCAGCAAGUGCACCCAAACCGGUGGAAAGCAGUAGUAGUGUGACAGUGUGAGCCACCAGCAAAAGGACAGUACCCUAAAGUAUAUCCGAACGCGUUGCGUCCAGCUAAGACAACACAAUGGUUUACGAAAGUGACUUCUACUCCACCCGCCGGGUUGGCUCGAGCUAUACCCGUCCCACGAUUUCCUCGUACACUGUGACGACUCCACUGCGAUACUCCGGAGUGCCACGCUUCAACACGAUCACCACCACCACCACGACGUACCGCACACCGAUGCCGUACGUUGCGCACAAGCGGCUUGUUCCAGUGACGCGGGUCGUCACGUCGCCGCCGCGGAUCGUGGUAUCCCCGAUGCGGGUGCUGGGGUCGCCGGUGCGCGUGAUCAGCUCGCCGGUCCGCGUGCUCGGCUCGCCGAUGCGCACCGUGCGGGCGAUCCGUUCGCCGGCCCGCGUCAUCGUAUCGCCGGCCCGGGUCGUCACGAUCCGCUCGCCCUACCUGCGCCCGUCGAUCAUCAACAAAGAAUUCGAUCGCAUUGAACGUAAAUAUCGCGCUAGUCCUGUAAGUAGUGCCCUAGAGCAGUAUUACAACUCGCCCUCAUACUUGGAGUUUGAGGACGCAAAGAGCGAUAUCCGCAACUCGACCGCACUGCUGCUGCGCCAGCUGAACGAUCCCGUUCCCCGUCUGAUGGCCCCGAUCGCUCAGGCUGCUCCGGAACCGAAUCCGAAGAAGUGGGUGUACGAUCCGUUCUCCACGCACAACCGCCUGAACAGUGACACCUAUGUGAAGAGCCACAUUACCGAUCCGAUUCGCAGCGUCCGUAACGAUAUCGAAGCCAUGGCUAGAUAUCAUUCGCCAGCGUCGCGCUAUGUCGAAUAUGUACUGUUGGAUGACAUCCUGUGGCGUUACACUUACUAUGUGGAUGAGGAGGGCAAGAACCAUUUGGCCAGUACGCGCAUCAUUGGCUCGCAGGCCUACCCGAAGACCAAGCCCCGUAUCUAUAACUACGAUACCGCGAAGGUCGGCAAGGAUGUGAACGUCAUGUCGUACUAUAAGUCGAACCGCACCCAGGCCAAGGCCGAUGUGGAGGAAGUAGGAAAAUUAAAUCCAGUUCGCCCGACGCGCAAGUUCAACUGCCCGAAGCUGUACGACGAUCCGACCGAUUCGAAGCUGAAGGACAAGCAGGAGGCGCUCGAACGCGUGGUCGAGCUGAACAAGCUUCGCUACGAACCGGUGAACCUGGAGAAGGAGCGCCUGAAGCUGCUGGAGGAAACCAAGAAGAAGGAGGAGGCGGCCGCCGAACGCGAACGCAUUCGCCAGGAGGAGCAGGCACGUAAGGAGGAGGAAGCGCGUCUGGCCGCCGAAGAAGCGGAGCGCCGCCGCAUCGAGGAGGAGCGUUUGGCCGAGGAGGCCCGCCUGGCCGAGGAAGCCCGCCUGGCCGAGGAGGCACGACUUGCUGAGGAGGCCCGCCUGGCCGAAGAAGCACGUCUGGUGGAGGAAGCCAAGAAGGCCGAAGACAAGAAGAAGAAGGCCGCCGAAAAGAAGAAGAAGGAGGAGGAGGAAAAGAAGAAGAAGGAAGCGGAAGAGAAGAAGCGCAAGGAGGAGGAGGAGAAGAAGCGCAAGGAGGAGGAAGAGAAGAAGCGCAAGGAGGAGGAAGAGCGCAAGCGCAAGGAGGCUGAGGAGGCGGCCCGCAAGGCGGCCGAGGAGGAAGCCGCCCGCAAGGCGGCCGAAGAGGAAGCGGCCCGCAAGGCGGCGGAAGAGGAAGCGGCCCGCCUGGCCGCCGAGGAGGAAGCGCGCAAGGCGGCGGAGGAGGAGCAGAGCCGCAUUACCGAGGCGCAGAAGGUGCGCGAGGACGAGCUGGCGCGGCUGAACGAGCUCGAGAAGCAGGCGAUCGAGGAGAACAACGAGGAGCUGGCCAAGGAGAUUGCCGAGCUGAAGGCGAUCGCCCAGUCGGACGAGGAGCUGCUGAAGCGCCAGGCCGCCAAGCUGGAGGAGACGGGCGCACCGGCGGAGGGUGAAGCCGCGCCGGCCGAGGGUGAAGCUGCCCCGGCGGCCGCCGAAGCCGCCGCCGAAGCGGCCCCGGCAGAAGAGGCACCGGCCGCCGAGCCUGCCGCCACCGAGGAGAGCAAGACUGAGGAGAGUCCUGCUGCUGCCGAGUGAACGGACACGCUACGCACGUGUUCCGGACGCCACACUCACUAGAACUAAGGGCUAGGGCUUACUGUCUCACUUUCUCACUCUCUCUCUCUUCCGAAUUAUUGUUAGGAUAGCUAGCUAGCAUUUUAGCACAAAACGCACACACACAUAUGUACACAUGUCAACGACUAUUGUAGCCAAAUUAGUGCGCUACUUUCCUACUAUGUUACCCGCACAUGUCCAAUUGUUGCCUUAAAAGCUGGUCGAACGGCUGAAAAAAAAAGAAUAAGAGAAAAAUUUACACCAGUGCUGCGGGACCUAGAUUCGAACGAAAAACGCAAACAAAAACAAAACUUUAAAUUCAGUAGUUCAACGAAAUUUUCCCAUGUCGUGGCGUACUACAGCCAACGUUAGAGACCAGGCACGCUACUGGCUGCGUACUGCAUUUUCGAAACAACAACGCCAGAGACUCGCCUAGCAUGCGCAAAAGCGCUACCCUACUGCCAAUCCUGAUUGCGCCGACGCGAUCGAAUACCGUUUUGAGGGAUGAUAUAUCGCAUCACGGGAGAGGGGGUGAGGAAAAGGAACUGAUAACAAGUAGAAGCAUAAUUAACGAAAAUGUAUCCGAUCCGAUUCGAUUGAUAUAGCGCAACGGUCUGCAAAGUCUAUAUCGGGUAGAACUCGGAUGGGCAAACACGGAUAGUGUCUCGAGCGAACAUGCUUCCGGCUCCGUUCACCCCCAAAUUUCCUCGCCCCACAUUCGGUGUGAUGUUCUGCCAGCUUCCCUCUGAACCGUACACGUUGUUAAGCGUUAGGGAGUGCAUUUCUUUCUUCUAUUUCCCCGUACUUCGAUACUAAGCCACGACAUGCGGAGUGCGAUCGGUUAGCAAAAGACCGUGGUGGCCGCUUUUAGGUUUUCUUUUUCGAAGCUGAGGGUCAGUGUCGCUGUCCGUCGCUUUCUCAAAGCACUGCACACUGCAUUACAUUUCUGUUUGUUUAUUGCAUUUCUUGAGUUAUCUUUACAUUUAUGCUGCUGGUCGCCAGCCAGUGGACUCUAUACACUAAGAGAUCUGUCGUCUCCGUUCCGUUACAUUCUUCACGCCUGAUUGUUUUCCGUUUCCUUUACGUUAUGCAUACUUGUUCUUGUUGAAUUGUUAAGUUUACCACCAAUCGAUUGCCGAUCGAUAAGACAAGAAAAUAAAGGUGUAAAUAAGAUUUAAAAAAAAA